CUCUCAAAAUCAGACCAUUGUCUCUUCUUUUUCUCUCUGAUUUCAAAUAGAAACCAACCAUGUUCGGCCAAACCAGCAGCAACACAAGUAAGAACCCUUUUGGUAGCACAACCCAAUUCCAAUUUGGUGCCCAAACAAGUAGACCUUUUGGAGGAGCUUCAACCGGAUUCGCACCAUUCGAUGCUUCAACUGCUCAAACAAGUAGGUCCUUCGGUGAAUUUGUAACCACAACUCAACCAUCACAACCAGCGCUGAGAGGCAGUAGUCAGUUUUCAUUUGGCACUAGUACUGUUCCUGCUUUUGGCCAAAAAUUUGGUGCUUCGAGUUCUCCCUUUGGGGCUCAAUCAACAACACAAGCAGUUGGAAACACCGCUUCUGCCGGAGGCCAACGCCAGGGAAGUAGAGUGGCUGCUUACGAAGUCACACAUGGACAAGACCUUAGGGCCCCCGGAACGUUUCAGUUACAGUCAAUAUCAGCAAUGCAAGUUUACGAGAGCAAAAGCGUGGAGGAAUUGCGAUUUGAAGAUUACCAGUUGGGGGAUAAAGGUGGAAAAACUACCAUGAAGACAAACACCCCUUGCAAUCCUACACCAUCUUUUCCCUUUCCUCAAACAUCUUCUUCUUCACCUUCACCAUCAAUUUCAUCAACUCCAGCAACCAAUGCUUUUAGAUGCUUUACUUCUAAUUGGAGUACUUCAUCUUUACCAUCGAUUUGUUCAUCAACUCCAGCAAUCAAUGCUUUUACAUGGACUUCAUCUUCACCGUCGACUGGUUCAUCUUCAAGUCCAGCAAUCAAUGCUUUUACAUGGACUUCAUCUUCACCAUCGACUAGUUCAUCGCCAAGUCCAGCAAUCAAUGCUUUUACAGGGACUUCAUCUUCACCAUCGACUAGUUCAUCAUCAACUCCAGCAACCAAUGCUUUUAAAACACCACCAACACCUACACCACCCUUUUCUUCCUUUCCAUCUCAGCCUUCUUCAAAUCCAUUUAAUACCUCCAAUAGUACUCCUCCUCCAUCUUCCUUUCCUUCAUGGACUUCUUCACAAUUAACUAGUCCAUCACUUCCAGCGAUCUUUACCUUUACAACACCUACACCUUUAAUCCCAGAGACACAAACAUCCACUAGUACUCCGGCUCCUCCUCCUUUUUCUAAGCCGCUUUUUGACUGCUUUAAGACUCUUCAACCCAAUACUACCCCCGGCUCAAACAUUUUCAAUCCAACACAGCCGCAGCCAAGCAACACACCCGUUCUUCAGCAGAAUAACUUAGUACAACAACCAGUACUAGUACCUGCUACAAAUCCAUUUGGAACCCCUCGCGCAACGCCUCAGGUGUCGGAUGGUGGUACUGUUCAGUAUGGAAUUUCCAGCAUUCCUGUUGUGGAUAGACUUGCGCCGGCUAACGUUAGGGUCUCAUCUUUGUUGACUGCUAGACAACUGGUACAAAGGCACAUUGGUUUUCCUGCUGCAAGUUCAAGAAUAUAUAAUCUUUAUAAGAAUAAGAAUGGUAGUAGUCAUCCCAAGGUCCCUUUUUUCAGUGAUGAUGCUGAUCAAGCACCCAAGGCUCCCAAGAUCAUGCUCUAGCAAAGAAAUAGCAACUGAAGAUUAUAUUAGUUGAGAGAUGAAGACGUCCAAGAUGCUGACAGGAUAUGAAGUCGAAUUUGACGUGUUAGAUUAAGAGUGUUUGUCCAUCUUUGUCAUGCUCCGGAACAUGUGAUAUAAAAUCAUCAACAUAUGUUUUAUCUCUUAAGUUUGAUUUUGAAUUA